AUGGGUACCAUGCAGGAAAGAAUCACCACAACCAAGAAGGGUUCGAUCACAUCUGUGCAGGCCAUCUAUGUGCCUGCUGAUGACUUGACUGAUCCUGCCCCUGCCACCACUUUCGCUCACUUGGACGCCACCACUGUGUUGUCUCGUGCUAUUGCUGAGCUGGGCAUCUACCCCGCUGUGGACCCACUGGACUCCACUUCCCGUAUCAUGGACCCCAACAUUGUGGGAUCUGAGCAUUAUGACAUAGCCCGUGGCGUCCAGAAGAUCCUCCAGGACUACAAGUCCCUGCAGGAUAUCAUUGCUAUUCUGGGUAUGGAUGAGUUGUCUGAGGACGACAAACUGACUGUGGCUCGUGCACGUAAGAUCCAGAGGUUCCUGUCC